AUGACAUCAGUAUUCCGAACCCCGUCAGCCAAGAGUGUGGAAGUUUUGGAAAGAGAGAUCGACAGCCUGAAUUACGAAUUUGCUCUGGGGAUUCCAAAUCCAAAAUGGCAGUCGCCCAGUUCUCGGCCGAUGGCUGAACGGUCUAAAGAGGAGCAAUGUCGGAGCUGGAUGAAAGAAUUAUUCUGGAAAAACCCGGAAGCAUUUGAACGUGCUUGUCACGAUUUCCGCGAGCUGGUCCGCUCGCAAAUACGACAAGGCAAAGACUGGGUACAUAAACUGCACCAAGAGCAUGGAACCGUUCCAUCAAGAGAAGACUUUCUCAAAACCAACAUCAACUAUUCCAAUCAGGUCUCAGAUGACGAACGCAUGAAAAGAGUGGAAGCACUGCGGAAGGCCAUUUAUUCUGAGUUGUGGAUUGUAAGAGGAGGAGAAAAUCCCCUGGAGGGAACGCAAUCAACGCCCCGUCGUCAAAAUCUAGCCAACGGACCGCAUCGAGCUAGCCUCAAUGGAAACCAUCACGAGUCCCCGAUGGCAACUACGCCGCAAGCCAAAAGAAAGGCUAGCAAUAAUCAAGAGGUAUUUCAUACGGCUCCUAGCUCCCCAGUUCUGCCUUUCGAAGGGCAAUAUCCGUCUUUGGGUAACCUGGACGAAUAUGACGACCCUAUGAGGAGUGAGCCCAAUUUGAAUGCAGAUACGUCGCAUGGAGCUGACAAAUUGAAGGGUGAGACUCAGAGGUCUAGGAGUUCGAAUAAAAGACAAUCGAAAAUCACGGACCAUAUGUUAAUCACAAAAACAUCACGCCCUCCUGCCAGGAAGCCCCCGCCAUCUCUGUCGGACAAGGCUACCUCGUCACUCAGAUUGGAUGGAUCAUUUAGCAGUCCAGAAGUUAGUUUUGCUACAACAGUAGCAGAUUCUGUAUUCGAUCGUUCAGAAGUACCUCGAUUUUUAGGAACAUCUUUCGAAACGACAAUUACCGAGCCAUGCGACGAGACUGUUACGCAUCCCGACUCUGUCGAUGAACUCUUGAUGAGCGAAGAAUUUAGCAUGAUGCUAAAGUCAGUAGAGGAAAAAGCUUCUACGUCUUUUGAAACCGAGCGAAGAGCGCCAUACAUAGAGCAGGAAAUGGUGGAAGAAUUAAUUCGCAAUGGCCCCUUUUCGAAAGAUAAAGAACAUUUCUCCGAAAAGGUACCUCUACGGGCAAGAUACGAGCUGGAGCGAGUCAAACAAGCCUGGGAUAUUAGCCCAAAAGAUAUACUCGUUGGUGAUAAACCGUACGAGAAACACGUGGACUUUUGGCAAUGGCUUGGGAAUGUUGGUGGGCGUAAGAAUAAGCCUCUACCAGAAAAGCCUUCUAUAAAGGCAUGGAACGCUGCUAUUGGGCGUUUUGAAGGCGAUCGGCACUCGGAAGCCGUAAUUCUCAGUGGUUCGCUUGAUUGGUGCGAAAAGGGUGAACCUGGCAUCUUCAAAUUGCGACUUAACCCGCUCAAGGUUGACCGAACAUGUCGAUUUUAUCGUCGCUUUGGAUCAGACAGGUUCUUGAGCAUAACGAUGCCAUCUCCGUCACAGCCACCAAGUCACCUACGCCUCAAAGAUCAUGUGUCUCUACGCGAGGCUCUAACUGACUGGUUGGUUGAUAACAACCAUCAUCUCCUGAAUCGAACCUGGAAAGCUUUUUAUGUGGAUGAUUUCAAAAACAAAAGUAAAUCCAAAACUGGCAAGCCUAUUGUCCGCGUAGACUUCUUUGCUGUCGAUGGCUCAGACUUCACUACAAGACUCUCCCCUCCUACUCUAUCACCGAUAAACGAGACCAGUGAGUCGCACACAAGGAUGACAGUGGACCAGCUGUUACAAUGGCACAUCCCGCUUGAGGAUAAUCACAGCCAGACAGAUUGCAAACUGUUCAGUCGAAUUGGUCUUGCGCUCUCUAAGACGUGGGCGACCGUGGUGAUACAGCCGCACCAGUUUUUGAAACUCCCUGAUCUUCCAGGUAAGCCUGUCAUGAAUGACGGGUGCGCUUUAAUGUCGCGUCCACUGGCCCGAAAAAUAUGUGAGGAGCUAGGAAUAGACGGAAUCACGCCCAGCACCUUCCAAGGUCGUAUUGCUGGAGCAAAAGGCCUCUGGAUGGUUGAUAGAGACCGCGACGACGACGAAAGAAUUUGGAUCCAAAUAUCAGACUCCCAGUUGAAGAUCAAACCACAUCCAUGCGACUUUUCCGGCCAAGUCGACACAGAAAAAAUCACAUUUGAGGUCGCAAGCUGGUCGAAGCCUCUGCGAUCGUCAGAACUCAAUACGCAGCUCCUCGAAGUUCUAAAUAAUCGCGGGCAAGUGAGAGCUCGUGUGGCAGAUAUUGCGCGAGAGUCAAUAAGCGAUGUUUACAAGGAAUUUGAAAGUGUAAUGGAAAGCAACAGCAUCCCUUUAGCGCGGGCUUUGAUACAGAGGAUACGCCCUACUACUGACGAGGGAUCACGCACGAAUAUACGGAGGAUUGAUCAAUGGCUAUCACAAACUAUAGAGUCUGUUAUUCGAUUUCUGGAAGCAGGUUUCUCGCCACGAGAUUUUCCUCCGCUGCGGAAACGUAUGACAAGAUGCCUGAUUGACACUUUGAAUCGUUAUGUCAAUGAGCUUCAUAUUCCCAUACCUUUAUCAACCUACGCGUACUGUAUCGCAGAUCCUUACGGAGUACUCGCAGAAGAUGAAGUCCAUUUUGCUUUCUCGGGACAAUGGAGAGAUUGCUCUUAUUUUGAUGAUGCUAUGGUGGACGGCGUGGAUGUUCUUGUGGGACGGACGCCAGCUCAUUGCCCUUGGGAUAUUCAAAAAAGGAGAGCGGUCUGGAAGUCAGAGCUGAGGCAUUUCAAAGAUGUUAUCGUCUUUUCAACCAGAGGCACGAUUCCACUCGCGAGCCUUCUAUCAGGCGGAGAUUACGACGGCGACCGCCCCUGGAUAUGCUGGGACCAAGGCAUCGUGGAAACCUUCACCAAUACCGUUCCCCCUCUCGUGGAGCCUGGGCCGGAGCACUUUGGAUUAGUGAAACAUGCUCGGCCAAUGAGCACUGUAGGCUCUGUCAGAGAUCUGCUUCAAAAUGCCUUCAGAUUUAACCUGGCCAUGUCAUAUCUUGGGCGAUGUACCGUUGAACAUGAAAAGCUUGCGUAUGAAGAAAAGGAAGGAAUCAGUUCGCCAUUAUCUAUUGAGUUGGCAACCCUCCUGAGUCAUCUUGUCGACAGUAAAAAGUCGGGUCUUCAACUCACGGAGGAACAAUGGGCUAAGUAUCGCAAAAGUAUUAGCCCACGUGAGAGAGGAGUACCUGCAUACAAGGACUUGGGGGCCAAAGAGGGAAAGCAAGACAAUAUCAAUGACUUCCUGAAGUUUGAGGUUGCUUUUCAAGAAAGAGAAAAGGCCCUUAUGCAGUUCAAUCAGAGGUUCGGCGACUCCGAAGACAAUUGGGAUGAAAGUCUUCUUCGUCCCUGGAAGGCUGCAGUUGCCCGAGCGGAGCGUGAGAAAGAGGAGGAUCCAAGAACGAAUGGGCAUAGCAACACAGCUCUUGCGAAAGGACCUGCCUUAUAUGAAGUACUGAAGAGGAUAGAGGCACAGAUCAAUGAAGGCUAUCGUAAAUGGAUCGACGGAUGCCAUUUCCACGAAACACCGGGAACCUCGACAGGAUUCAAAAUUCAGCUUGCUGCUGAGUUGUUGAACCGUAUACAACCGCCGAAUAUCUGCCACCCCCUCGUACAUACGUGGCAAAAUAGUGAAUUUGAAUGGCGGAUGCUAUUGGCUUCCGGCGCGUACUACUUUCGUUGGCGAUCUCUCUUUCCACUUUACGCAGCUGGAGAGACUUUAUGCUGGAUUAAGACCGGCAAGGAGCCAGCUCGUCUAAUCCGUGAUCAAGUCUAUGUCAGUAUGAAGGUCAGCAGCAGCGCUGCCCGUCGGCUAGCAGGAGAAGAAGCCGAAGAACUCGCGAACGAGGACUUAGAAGGGAACGCCGAAAGCGAAUAUAACGAUUCUGAGGAAUUCGACCGUGAAUCAGUGAUUGACGCACUUGAUGAGAUUGACAGGAUGUAUCAAAUUCUCCAUUCCUGA